AUGGAGCUACAGGAUCACUGGUGGACCUUGUGGUUCACUUUCCAGCUUUUUCUCUCCGACCUCGUGAAUUUUGUGUGGAACUUUGCGGUCUAUGUUUGGAACAUCAGAAAGGAAAGAGUGCCCCUUCCACCCAUCACCAACCCCCUACUCCUGAAAUCAGCCACCCAGUUGGCCAAAGAAAUCCGGGAGAAGAAGGUCACUUCCGAGGAGGUGGUACGAGCUUUUGCGGAGAGGAUUAAAGAGGUGAACCCGAUUACUAAUGCGUGCGCCGAGAUCUACACGAACCAGGCUAUCGAAAACGCAAAAGAAGUGGACGAGGAGCUGGCCAAAGCUAGUGAAGGCGAUUUGGAAAAGAUCCGCACGGAACGCCCUCUACUCGGCGUGCCCUUCUCCUGCAAGGAUCAAUGCGAAAUUGAAGGCACCACCACGACAUUCGGUGCCUGGAGCCAAAGGGACCACGUCAGCGAGAAGACCGAUUUGAUGGCUGGACUGUACCUAAAAGCUGGUGCGAUUCUCAUCGCCAAGACUACGGUGCCUGAGAUGUGCAUGUGGCUCGAGUCGAACAAUGCCAUCCACGGGACGACUGGGAACCCUUAUGAUAAUAGGAGGAAUGCCGGUGGAUCCUCCGGAGGUGAAGGAUCGCUAUUGGGUUCUGGAGGAAGUGCGGUCGGCUUGGGCAGCGACAUCGGCGGCAGCAUCCGGAUUCCCUCCUCCCUCAACGGCAUCUACGGGCUGAAGCCGAGUCCAGGCGUAUUUCCAAUGGACGGCGGUUUCGGCAACCCCGCCGAGAGCUUGCUAGCUGUUUUCGGACCAAUGAGUCGUUAUGUAGAGGAUUUGGAGACCGUUUUGAAGUUCAUCCCGGACUUAAAAUCCGAGGACGUGUCUAAGUUCUCGGUGAAAAAUGUGUUGGUCCCCGGCGAGUACAAUUUGCCAUGGGUGCCGAGGAUGAGUCAGGAGCAGAGGGACGCUACGAAGAAGGUCGUCGACUUCCUGCUGGAGGAGUAUAAGCUGUCCGUCGAGGGCUGCAUUGACCUGAACCCGGUACGCCAAGGUUUUGUAGACAACUUCCUCGGCGUGUUCAACGACUUCGGAAUCCGCAACAACAAGCCCGAGACGACGAUGGACGGCAUCUUCAGCAUGGCUAAUGGCAAAUUCAACACGCUCACCGAGUUGCCAAAGUACCUUCUGGGCCGCUCGCAUCAUACUUUGGCAUCUUGCCUUCAGAUCACUCACCUGAACCGCCGGUACUCGCUGGAGACGUUGGAUAUGUACAAAGAAAAGCUGACGAACCUUCGAGAUCACUACGACACGCUCCUAUCAACGACGGGUAUCAUCGUGCAGCCCGGAUGGCCGACUGUAGCAAAGCUGAUGCACGCCGAACUGGCCUGUCUGGAUUUUGCUUAUACUGGAGUUUUCAAUUACCUGGGCUUACCGUCGAUUAUCUGUCCGAUCGGCCUGAACGAGGAUGGGCUUCCCUUGAACGUUUCGAUCACCGGCCCACGCUACAGCGAGCUGCAUCUCAUCGACAUUGCGAAGAAAAUUGACAAAAAGUUCGGCGGCUGGGUCCCGCCUCCAAGUUGUAGCAAGGAGAAGGGGCAG